AUGAAGUCAAUUCGUGCUACUUCGGCUCUGGCAUCUCAAGUCUCGGCUACAACAUGCUCACGAGCAGCAAUCGCAUCGCGUAUCACCCCUUCUACACAGACCCGUUCCUUCCUUCCGAACCCUUUUGGCUCCCAGCCCCUCCAAUCAUUAACUGCAUCCCGUAUCCUGCCUUACGACGCAAAAACUCUCUACGCAAUCGUCGCCGACAUUCAGAGCUACCACAAAUUCCUGCCUUUCUGCAUCUCUUCCAAUGUCACCAAGCAAUCCUCUCCCGACGCUGAGGGUAAGACAUGGCCCGAAGAAGCGGAACUGGUUAUUGGAUACAAGGAUGUCAUGCGCGAGUCCUUUUACAGUCGUGUCUACUGUGCUCCACAAGACUUCAUCGUCGAAUCUGUGAGCGGAGAAACCAACACCAGCCUGCCCUCAGCAAGCAUAGAACACCACACUACCCGCCCCUCUGCAGACCAAGAUCCCGCUCGCAACGCUACCAUCCUUACACAGCUACGCUCCCGCUGGCAAUUGAGUCCCUUUCCUUACAAACCUGGACCUAUGGGCAACGACAGACCUCAAGAAGUCACCUCGGAACAUCCGCCAAGGAUGCAGACUGAGGUCAAUCUGAUUAUCGACUAUCAAUUCGCAAACCCUCUUUACACCACACUGAGUGCGGCUGCGGCGCCAAAGGUUGCAGACAAGAUGAUCGAAGCUUUCGAGAUGAGGGCAAAGGAGAUGUUGGAUCGUCCUGCUGCUAGCCCAACACAGAAGUUCUAA